CCCUCUCCUCCCGACGGCUUCAAGCCGCCCACACCCAUACGGUAUCUACGGCUCAAAGCAGCUCCCUCAAUCUCCAGCAACACCCAACAUAGGGUCUUUCACUUCCCCCGUGUUGCCCCUUUUGCUUGACUUGCUCAUCGCUGAGCACUAACCCGCUUUCGCGUCGUUGCCUCGCCAGCGUCUGCCGAGUAUCGCAAUAUGACUGUCAAGAGGCGCAGCGGAGGUCGCAACAAGCAUGGCCGUGGCCAUGUGAACCCUAUUCGGUGCUCUAACUGUGGGCGCUGUGUCCCCAAGGACAAGGCCGUGAAGCGGUUUUUGGUGCGUAACAUUGUUGAGCAGGCUGCUGUCCGUGAUGUGCAAGAAGCUUGCGUAUACGAUGGGUAUGUGCUCCCCAAGUUGUACGCCAAGAUGCAAUACUGCAUUUCUUGUGCUAUCCAUUCACACGUCGUUCGUGUGAGAUCACGGGAGGCACGAAGGAUCCGUGAGCCCCCGCAGAGGUUUCGCCGCAAGGAGGACGGACCCCCACGCGUUCAGGGCGCCCCCGGUGCUAAGGCCUAAAAGGUAUCACUGAUUGGUUAGUCUAAAUGUGACUGCCUGACUGAUUAAGGAAGGGAUCAAGUAAUAGAAUCCGGAGCAUUCGGUAAAAUGUAGUCAUUUUAUGGUAUUAGCUGCUAUGAUGUUACCUUAAUGCAUCAUCUUGUGCUCUGUUUAUCGUAUAAUGCCAAUCCGACCUUCACCUCCAUUUUCUGAA